AUGAGCGAGCCAUCUACGGCCGACCCUCAGCAUUUCGUAGCAAACAUCCUUCCCCUCUAUCACGGUCCUCAAGUCAAAAUUCGGAUCAAGCCUAGCAACGCCGAAUUUACGAUUUCCCAAGAUCUUCUCUGCGCACAAUCGCCCGUUUUCUCAGCAAUGUUCAAAGGCGAGUUCUUAGAAACUCAGCAGCAGGCCGUGGACCUGGAAGAUAUGAAGGAUGUUGUCUCGGUACAAAGUCUUGAAGCACUGUUCCAAUGGCUAUACCGUGGCGCUGUCAAUUUCGACAUAGAAAACCCCAGGGAGCAUAUUUCGGCUGCCAUGGAGCUUGUGAGACUUGCAGAUAAAUACGAGAUCCUCGCUUUGGAAGACGAAAUGGCUCAAUAUAUCAAGCAUAUCAUUAUUACCGCCAAAGCCCAUCCAUCGGCAUUUCUCAGUUGGAGGAUUGCUGACAUCAACACUCAUUGGCUUACGACUGAUCACAUUGACUCAGCUACCUACUUGCCUCUAGGACACCCGGUGCGGCGUACUCUGGCCGCAGCCUCCGUCAGAGGCUACCUUCAAAGCGAUAAACACAAAUUCGCCCAAGAAACUCAAGACUAUCCUUCAUUUGGGGCUGAUGUCCUCCAAGAGGUAAGAUUGACGCUGAACGGAAUAAGGCUUACUGGGGGGAACAAUUUUGGAGACCCUAUAAGUGGAGAAAGAUUACCGCUGAACUUCAAUGUUUCUGAAUCAGAAUUUUAA